UGCCUUGCGAGUCUUGGGCGAUUUCCUACUGCGUCCGAACCUUUGGUGCGCCAAGCCCCGGCCCGGGCCCGCCGGCUUAGCCCUACAUCGGGGCUUAUCCCGGCUUGUAAACUCGACCCUAACUGCAACCGGCCCUUGGAGUGCAACUGUGUUUCUGAGUGAGUUGUGCCGUUUUUUAGAACUGAUGUAGUGCAUUGAGGUCCCUUGGACCAAAGGGACGAUGGUGUUGGCUGCAAGAGUUUGGGUGGCUCAUGUGGCUAGUGAGUGGGGCCUAUACCGAAAGUGUUUGGUCUCAAUGUCUGGUCUUUGCAACCUCCGUCACGGAGCCUCCCGAGGUCGGGUCCAUUGUUUACAGAAGUUAUUAAAUCUGUCCAUGAGGUUCAGCAGUUCGGCGCCGUCACCUCUUGUGUCUCACUUAUCCAUCCAGGAGCAUCCGCCCAUGCACCCCCUAACAUUCCAUCAUGACCACCACCUCCCUCCUCAAAGAAACUGCAUUAACCCUAUUGACCCUCCGUAGCGUCUGCGCAUCCAUCGGCAUCUCCAAAACCGGCACGAAACCAGUCCUAGUCCAGCGCAUUCGUCAUGCGGCAAGGAACUAUCAGCCACUUCCGCCAGAAGCCCGCAUCCUCAGCAUCGACAUGGGCAUCAGGAACUUCGCCUUCAGCCUCCUCACUCCGGUCGCCCCUGAUCCCUCUCAGGAACAGUUCAAGACCACCCCCUUAACCACGCCAGUCCGUCUUCACGUCUGGAAAUGCCUGGAUUUGACUCUCCCUGCUCUAAGUCACAACACCAUCACCUCCACCAAAACAUGCACUUUGAAAGACCUCGACCCAGCAGACUUCUCCCCCGCCGCAAUGUCCCGGCAUGCCGUCGACCUCGUCCAGUCCCACCUCCUCCCGCUGCGCCCAACUCACGUGCUGAUCGAGCGCCAGCGUUUUCGCAGCGGCGGCCAGGCGGCCGUCUUUGAAUGGACCCUGCGGGUAAAUUCGCUCGAGGCCAUGCUGCACGCCUUGUUCGCGUCGCUCUACGGGAAGACGCUGGACGGUGCCGACGGCACAGAGGGCGGGCGCUUUGAGGGGAGGGUCGAAUCGGUGCUGCCGGGCGGGGUGGUGAAUUACUUGUACACUGAUCUUGCAGGAAAGGUGGAUGGGCAACGAAUAAAGAAGGUGAAGACGGAUACUGUGGGACGGCUUCUGAGGGAUGAAGGGAUGGUGAUGCCGGAGCCCGGGCAGGCGGAGAAGAUGGCGAGGUUGUAUGUGGGUCAGUGGGAGAGGGCGGGAAGGAAACAAGGGAGGGCAGAAAAGGGUGUACGUGGGAGUGGAAAGGGCUUGGCACGUGAGGUUAGAAAUAAGUUGGAUGACUUGGCCGAUGCCGUGCUGCAGGGCAUGGUGUGGCUGCAGUGGCAAAGGAACCUGGAGGCGUUGAUCAAGGAGCGCCCGGAACUGCUCGAGCAUGUGGAGGGGAGUGAGCUCGCGGAAUGAUACCCAAUCAAGGAAUGAUACAUAUAGCAACGAUGUGAGAAGCUCGAAGAAGAUGUGUCUU